CAUUCUGGGUUCUGGGUGAGUGAAGCUGACUACUGUUUGCUUUCCGGAAUCAGAGAAAUUUGGGGGUUAUAUUUUACAAACAGAAGACCUCUUACUCCUCUUUUUACUAGUGCACGGGGUUCCUACAGAGUUGACAGUAAGAUUCUGAUAAGGUUGAAACUCUACCCGGUUUAUAAUGUCUCAAGCUGACAAACUGAAGCAGGGCCAGUUCACAAACCCAGAAACCCCCGGGUAUGUGGGAUUCGCCAACCUGCCCAACCAGGUCCACCGCAAAUCUGUUAAGAAGGGCUUUGAGUUUACCCUCAUGGUCGUAGGGGAGUCUGGUUUGGGAAAGUCAACCCUAAUAAACAGCCUGUUUCUGACAGACCUGUACCCAGAGAGAGUCAUCCCAGGAGCUGCAGAGAAAAUCGAGAGGACCGUUCAGAUUGAGGCAUCAACAGUGGAGAUUGAGGAGCGUGGAGUGAAACUGAGGCUAACUGUUGUGGAUACACCAGGAUAUGGAGAUGCCAUCAACAGUCAGGACUGUUUCAGCACAAUUAUUGCCUACAUUGAUGAUCAGUUUGAGCGGUACCUUCAUGAUGAGAGUGGACUAAAUCGCAGGCACAUAGUGGAUAAUCGAGUGCACUGCUGUUUCUACUUCAUCUCUCCGCUGGGACAUGGAAUGAAACCUCUGGAUGUCCAGUUCAUGAAGGCAAUCCACAACAAAGUGAAUGUUGUCCCUGUCAUCGCCAAAGCAGACACCCUGACACUGAAGGAGAGGGAGAGACUAAAGCGCAGAAUCCUAGAUGAGAUUGAUGAGCACGGCAUUAAGAUCUAUCACCUCCCUGAUGCUGAAUCUGAUGAAGAUGAGGAUUUCAAAGAACAGACCCGUAUUCUUAAGGCUAGUGUCCCGUUUGCGGUGGUGGGAUCGAACCAGCAGAUCGAGGCGAAAGGGAAGAAGGUACGAGGUCGUCUGUACCCCUGGGGUGUGGUGGAGGUGGAGAAUCCCGAGCACAACGACUUCCUGAAGCUUCGCACCAUGCUUAUAACCCACAUGCAGGACCUUCAGGAGGUGACCCAGGACCUUCACUACGAGAGCUUCCGCUCCGAGCGUCUCAAGAAAGGCGGCAGGUUGUCUUCCCGUGGUUUCGUUCUGCCUCUGUCUCCUGUGAAGGGUGCGGAGACUGUGGAAGUGGACAAGGACAUGAUCCUGAUGGAGAAGGAAGCUGAGCUGCGGCGAAUGCAGCAGAUGAUUGCGAAGAUGCAGGCCCAGAUGCAGAAGCAGGGAGAUGGGGACACAGACAGUUUGUAAAGAUGCAGACCAGUCCGCUCAGUACUGAGGAGAAGGUGUUUCAAGGAAGCCAAGACCCUCUUCAGACUGAGGAUCUGCUAUACGGUGUUGACUGUAUUCAACCCACUCACUGCUUUCUUAGUGUGUUAGUGCUUUGUAUUCAUUUUUAUAAGCAAUGUCGUGUCUUGUGUUUUUGUGUUUCCACAUUUUUAUUUUAUUAUGUUUUAUUAUUAUUAUUUGCUGAACAGUAUGGAGAGUUAUUCAACAGAAGCCAAAACUUUUAAAAAAAGAAGUCAAAUGCUGCUAUAUUUAAAGCUGCCUUUGCUAUCUACCUGUUUUCUGGCCUCUACAGUUCAGCUAACCAGCUCAUUAGGAAUAGAAGAUCCUGAUCAAAGUGUGUGAUUGGAUUCCAAGUUGACCUAGUUGGUUACACUUUGCUCAGUUAAGUAUUAUGUCAGCUGGUCAGUGAUUUGAGGUUUUCUUAAACCAAAGUUCAUUUCAAGCCAGUAAGAGUUAUGGUCAGUGCAUUAUCAUUGUCAGUAUGAGUUUUCAUAGGGAGUACAAUUAAAAUAGAGGGGUGCACAAACAUGGAACUAGUUACCCAACCUAAAUUCCCCAUUACCCCUUUUGCAUAAUUUCAAAAUCUGGUAGCCACCUACCACAUUGUACGUAAAAAAAAAAGUUUUCCUGACAAUAUUUAAAACUAAAGACGACUAAUGAUGUCACCGUGUAACAAUUUAUUUUUU